ACAUCGAAGAUGGCGGCUCCGGUUGGUUCCCUCGUUGCGUACGGCAGUGAUUCAGGUUCAGAAAAUGAGACCGAGUCCAAUACCAGUACAGAAAAAGUUGAUUCAGAUGCAAUUGCACAUCUCCAGCCUUUGAAAUCUGGAAUAACUACAAGUUUGGUUCUUAAUUCAGCGCCUGAGGUGGCUGUAAAGGAAGAUGUUGAGACAGGAACACAUCUGGAUCCCUCCCUCAAGGAGCUCAACUACAAUCCUACCUACGACACCAUGUUUGCACCUGAGUUUGGACCUGUUAACCCAUUUAAAACUCAGCAAAUGGCUGCACCAAGGAACAUGCUGUCAGGAUAUGCUGAGCCUGCCCAUGUCAAUGACUUCAUGUUUGAACAACAACGGAGAACGUUUUCUACUUUCGGCUAUGCCUUGGACCCCUCCAUGGACAACAAUCAGAUCUCUUCAAGCAGUUAUAUAGGAGCAGUGGAUGAGGCAGAGAAGCACAAAGGGCAAACCGUUUUCGAGUCAGGCCCAAGAAAGUUGGAGAAAAGGAAAAAGGUGAAAGGAGGGGAUGCGUCAGAGAUCGAUGGCUUCCUGGGACCCUGGGCUAAAUAUCAGGAUGAAAAAAAUGUUGCUAAACCCACAGAGGAGGAGCAGAAGGAGUUGGAUGAAAUCACAGCAAAGAGGCAGAAGAAAGGUAAAAAUGAGGAAGAGGCUCCUGCAGAGGAGAAGACCAUACUACACGUUAAAGAUGCAUACGAUUACCAGGGCCGUUCUUACCUGCACAUUCCACAAGAUGUGGGCAUUAACCUACGCUCAGCAGAUAUACCUGAGAAAUGCUACCUGCCCAAAAAGCAACUCCACGUCUGGACCGGACACACAAAGGGUGUCAGUGCUAUUCGGCUCUUUCCUGUGUCUGGCCACCUGCUGCUCUCCUGCUCUAUGGACUGUAAAAUUAAGUUAUGGGAGGUGUACAAUGACCGGAGGUGUUUACGGACAUUUAUUGGUCACAGUAAAGCAGUGCGUGAUAUCUGUUUCAACAACACUGGUACUCAGUUUCUCAGUGCUGCAUACGAUCGCUAUCUCAAACUGUGGGACACGGAGACUGGUCAGUGCAUCUCAAGGUUCACUAACAGAAAAGUGCCCUACUGUGUGAAGUUCAACCCAGAUGAAGACAAGCAAAACCUGUUUGUAGCCGGCAUGUCGGACAAGAAGAUCGUGCAGUGGGACAUUCGCUCCGGGGAGGUGGUUCAGGAAUAUGAUCGUCACCUGGGAGCCGUCAACACGAUCACAUUUGUGGACGAGAACCGCCGCUUUGUCAGUACAUCCGACGAUAAGAGUCUGCGUGUGUGGGAAUGGGAUAUUCCUGUGGAUUUCAAAUAUAUUGCAGAACCCAGUAUGCAUUCAAUGCCUGCAGUGACACUGUCACCCAAUGGGAAGUGGCUGGCUUGUCAAUCCAUGGAUAAUCAGAUCCUAAUCUUUGGAGCUCAGAACCGAUUCAGGCUGAACAAGAAGAAAGUCUUCAAGGGCCACAUGGUAGCUGGAUAUGCUUGUCAAGUUGAUUUUUCUCCAGAUAUGAGUUAUGUGGUGUCUGGUGAUGCGGAUGGGAAGCUGAAUGUCUGGGACUGGAAGACCACCAAGCUGUACCACCGAAUUAAAGCACAUGACAAAGUGUGCAUCAGCGCUAUCUGGCAUCCACAUGAGACCUCCAAGGUCAUUACCUGUGGCUGGGAUGGACAGAUUAAACUCUGGGACUGAGAUGAAGAAAUGACUGAAAACUAAAUAAAUUUUGUCAUGUCAGUUCUUUGCUCAGCUGAUGUGAUUUUCAUUGCAUCCAUCUCGUGCUGAGGUUUAUGGUAAUUCUAGAUGGUGAUUAUGGUAUUUGCUUUACACUCUUGAGUUUCGUGUAAAUUUUAUGGACUGGUAUCCAGCCCUGAUUUCAAGUGGUGGUGUGUGUGUGUUUUUUUAAAUCUUUGCCUCGCAUUUCAGUAAUGGUUAAGAAGAUUUUGAUGUGGUUGCUAUUCAUUUUAGUGUUACUGUCAUGUUCUUACUGCUAAAGCCAUGCUUGAACACUUUUUUAUGUAAUGUUAGCUUUUCAGUUUGCCUACCCAGCGUGUCUUUCUGAACAUAACAUUUUACACUUUUUUCCCCGUUAGUCGUUGGAACAGAGUUUAGACUCCAAGAGAGCUUCCUUGUGUAACUUUGUUGCACUGAAUUUUUCAUACUGUCCUAAUAUGCUACAUAUGAGGUCAAUCUUAUGACAUUGGGCUGUUAUUUUGAAAAAGGUUGAAAAAGUAAUAUGUAUGAAAGAUCCUCACGAGGAUAGUACAACAGAUGUGUGUUAUGAACACAAAUUCCAUGAAAUUUACAGAAGCACAUCGCUGCCUUGCCUGAAAAAGAAAAACAGAUCAGUAUUACAUUAAAACAUGAAAAGUUUAUAACGAGACAUUUUCUUAUUACAACAUAAACGUAUCACUUUAUAACAAGAAACUUUUUUUUGUCAUAACGUACUAUUUCUUAUUAUAACGUGACAUUCUGUCAAACGCUUCACCUUAUAACAUGAUCAUUUUUCUUGCCAUAACUUAAAACAUUUCAAAUUAUAAGAGAACUUAAACCUUUUAAUGUUGAAACUGAUCCAUGAUACUGAUGUGGUGUUCUUUUUCUGGCAUGGCAGCAAUACGUUUCCGUAUGUUUCCUCUCACUCUUCAGUUAGUUUUAUAAGGCAGAUAAGUUUCAAUAUCUCAGCUAUCUUUAAGCUAACAGUUUGAGAGUCAUGUACAAUUUAAUACUUUAAUUUUUAAAGUACUUUUUCCGCAUUCUAAUUUUCUGAUCUUUCAUUGUCAUCAUUAUCAUUUGCGUAUGUAGUUACUUUGUCACAAUUAUAUGUAAUAGAAUCUUAAGAAUCUUCAUUUUUGACACCUUCAUGCAUAAAUUUAUUUAUAUGCAUAUUUUCCUCCCUUUUUAUAUUUCCCCUCUCCCUCACGCCCCCAUUUGGUACAGAGCCCCAAAAGUCCUAAAAGGUCCUUUUGCAGACAAGUUAUUUUGUUUAGAAAAAUUAGUGUAUAACUUCUUCCCACUCGUAUAGAGUGGCAGCUAUAAUUAUCGACACCUUUUCAGAUUUACCAAUAAAAAAUAAUUUUACAAA